AUGGGGAUGCCUGGGGGUUUAUUGUUGAUCCUCAUUUUGCAGAUUAAUACAGGAAGCACCUCAGGGGCAGUUGUCUGUGGACAUAAUGUUUGUCCCUUAGGUAUGGACUGCAUUAAUGGGAUUAGUUGUGCCGACCCCUGUGACCACUACACUGCACUACAUGAUGAGUGGCGUUCAACUAAUUAUACAGUGUAUCAGGGCAACCACUGUGACAGAAAUGUUAACUGGCAAGGCUGGUAUCGCCUGUUCCUGGGGCAAACCAGUGCUCAUAUUCCAGAGAGAUGUGUGGCUGAUCGCAGAUGUGGAACCUAUGCUCCUAUGUGGAUAACAGAACCUCAUCCCACACAGUCAAAUGAAAUUGUAAGUCGCACUGUGUGCCCUUCCUGGAGCGGCAACUGCUGCUAUGUUCGCUCAUACAUCAUCCAGGUCAAGCUCUGCUAUGGAAACUAUUAUGUCUACAAACUUGUGAAGCCAUCAAUUUGCAAUCUUGCAUACUGUGCAGAGGUUAACCGAACAGAGCCUGCAGUUGCUUCAACCACAUCUGAUCCAAGACCACAAAGCUCCACCAUCACUCAUCCUCCCACCAGCACAGUCCAGCAUCUUCCACACCAGCCAUCACAACUCAUUUGUGGCCGUGAUAAACUUCAAGUAGGCCUGGAUUUGGCUAGCAUGACGUCCUCUGGCUUGAAUCCGUUCACUGGCAACCUGGCAGCCCGCAACUGCUCCUCAGUCAGAGUACUUGAUGGUGUAGUUUGGUACGAAGUGGAGGCCCAGGCAGGACCCUGUGGAAACACACUGACGACCAACAACACACAUGCCAUCUACUCCAACACUUUAUUCAUCUAUCCAAUGGACAACACAUCCUUCGCUGUUCCUGUGAGUCUUCCCUUCUCCUGUGCCUAUCCUUUGGACACAAGCACCAGCCUGAAUGUGUCCAUCAGACCAUUCCUGGAACUGGCAGGUGGCAUUUCAGGCUCAGGUGCCAAAGCCAGAGCCUCCAUGUUUCUGUUCCGCAACUCCACCUACACAGAGACUUAUCCAGCAGGCCAAGUCACCCUGCCGGUGGGCUCGCCGCUGUACGUGGGGGUCUCUGUGGAUGAGAGGGAUACAAACUUUGCAGCUGUUCUGAAGGACUGCUACGCCACUCACUCUUCAAACCCUGACGAUCCCGUGCGAUACUCUCUCAUCCAGAACAAGUGUCCCACUGACCGCCGACAGGUGUCUGUGGUUGAGAGUGGCUCAUCUCGAAGGGCUCGUUUCUCUGCCCUGUUCUUCCUGCCGCAGGGUGAAUACAGAGACGUUUUCCUUCACUGCAGCCUCAGAUUGUGUGACCAGAGGAGCUCCUCAUGUGUUCCAUCUUGCACAAGAAGAGCACGUCGUUCCCUUUCAACCUCUGCCCCUAUGAAGCCACUUACUAUUGGACCAAUCAUGUGGGACAAGUCACCGGAGUGA